UUGCAAUUUUUUACGCAGCAUUGUGGCAUGGCACCACAUAAAUAAUAAAUUCGGACACUCAGAAGUGUCCUGCAACUGCAAGUGCUGCAAGACACGUACAUUUGGCGAUGGCGAGAAUCCUAGAUGAGGGAUAUUAUUAUAAAAGAUACAAUGUGUUCAAAAGAUAUUGUAAACAAGAAGAAGAAGGGCUCCAGACGCUACAAACCUACUUGCCGAUUCGAAUCGAAAAAUUGAUUAAUUCAAGCGUUGAGAAACAACACGAGUUCAAGAUUCUUAGUGUUGGCAGUGGAACAGGAGACGUUGAUUUGAAGUUUGUGGAAAUUCUACUCGAGGAAUUGAAGAAACACAGCUCUGAUGAUCAAAACACGACGAUAUAUCUGCGAGUGGUUGAACCGAAUUCAUCUUCGUGCAAACAAUUCAGCGACGCCGUAGAAGCGCGUCGAGAUUUGCCAAUCCACAUCGACAUUCGAGCCCAAACCUUUGAUGAAUAUAUUCAAAUUGAGCAAAAUGCAGGCAUUGCAUUUGACAUAAUAUAUUUUAUUCACAGCAUUUAUUUUAUUGAAGAGGAAAAAGCGAUUCCUUACUGUUUGGAAGAGAUAUUGAAAGAUCGGGGUUGUCUCUUUUUCAUGUAUUCUGAUGAGGGAAUGCUGAAGCAAGUAUCAUUUGAAAUCGAGAGACGAUCUAAUGACAGGUUGAUAAAAUUCACCGAAAAAAAAGGUCCGAAAUUGAUUGAAAUCGUUGAGAAACUUGACUGGAAGUAUGAAGUACAUUCACAUCAAAAUUGUAUUGAUGUGUCUGAAAUCGUGGUCGGAUCAGACAGUGGUGACCUGCUUCUUGACUUCAUAACCCAUGAAGUCGACUUUCGCAAGAAUGCCGAUGCAAGUUUGGUUGAUAGAGUUCUGGCAGUGACAAAAAACGCGAGCUUCGUGAAAGAUGGAAAAUAUCUUUGCAUGAAAACUGAUACUUUGUUGGUCGUGCACAAAUAGAAUAUCGGAAUGAUGAUUUGCAAUAUAAAAGAAAUAUGACGAACUUCCAAGUUCCUGUCUUGUUUUAACCUAUAUUUUGAACAGGCCGCUAGUAUUGUUGUCAACAUUGAGAUUUGAAUCUUUCGCAGAUAUCUGAAAUAUGAUGUCUUAAAUAACGAACACUGACAUUUGUGAAAUUGUGUAACAUGUAUUUUGCCACAAUUACUGCUUCAAAAUUCAAUUUUAUUUUGCUGCCGGCUUCAUAUAAUUUUCCUUAAUUCUCAUUGCGUUUUGAAGACGAUAUUUACCAAUACUGCACACUACACCCACACUGAUCAUCAACACUGCAUAAAGUGUAAACAAUACUAUACUAGACUUAAAAUACGCGCUGUAGUAAAUGAUGAUUUGAAACGCAU